AUGCCUACAUGCAACAGAUGUACCAAGUUCUUUAAUCAACUACAGUUUGGAUGGUGCUUUGAAUGCCUCCAGUCUCAUGUGGUUAUUAAUCCCGAAAAUAGGCCUAACAACUUUCCUGCUCCACCGUCCAACAUCUACAAUGUUGUGCCACCAGCUCCGCCGUGGACUCCUUCCCAGCCGGUUCCAUCUGCUCAGGGCUCAUUCCAAGUGCCAAUCCAAGCCUCCCAGCCUAUAUCGCAACCCUCUGGUUCCGUUGAUCCAACCCCUCCUAAUCCGGCAUGUGCUGGAUCUAAUGCUUAUUUCCGGGGUGCUGUAAAGGAAAAGCGUCGAAAGAAAGCUGCAACUACCCCCUACACCAGGAAAAGCAAGCCAACACCACAGGCCAGCGCUGCAGAUGAGCAUACCCGUAUCAUAAGUGGGGGAAUAGCUCUCUACCAGCUGACCAAGCUCAACAAAAACACUGGAAUUCGCAGUCGAAUGCUCCCAGUGAACAUUGAAUCACCGAACUUAUAUGAAGAUCUUCAACAGCGUCUAUGGGAUUUAUUAUCCCCCGAGCUCUUGAGUCGACAGUUGGUAGAAAUGCUUCCAGAUAAUCCUCUCCAGUACACCUCUUUGAGCCAUAACCAAAAUGUUCUUGAUCUUCCGACACUAUUACUUUUGGUACAAAAGUCAACUGUGAAGAGACCAGCCCAUAUUGAUCUCACCUACGAAGAUCCUACCGAUGAAAUUCCAACCAGUAUCAAUACUAGUACUUCUACCUCAAGAACUACCCGCAUCACUCGUACUCGUGCGGCUCCCGGUAACCCAAAAGAUUUAGCUUCCAAUGCUACCGAUCUGACUUCGGUAACUGGUAACGACACAUGGGCCCUAGGUGGUACAGCAGGAACUAUCCCAGCCCGUGGAAAUGCAAGCCUUUCAACCCGCUUGAAUUACCUUGGAAAACCCCUAUCGGCAUCGAUCAACAUAAACCCCAAGGGUUGGAUUGUUUCCCAAAGGUUGAAAUUCAACAGUUCUGAUAGUGACUAUGCAAGGAAGCGAGCAUCCCAUCUCUACCAGUACCUUCAAGCCACCACUGUUCCCAUCACAAUCAAAGUGGACAAAAAUUCACUGGUUGGUCAGGGUAGCAUGCGAAAAGCAUACUCAGCUCAAGUUAAGACGGAGACUCAGAAUGGUCAACCACGUAUUACUAACUGGGUAGCUAAAGUUCGAUAUUGGGACACUAGUCCUGAUUUGAGGAAACAUGCGACAGAUGCUCGAAUGUAUGAGGCAUGCGGACACCUACUCCGAGCUUACCAAGAAGAAAUCAAGAAUUCCGAUCACCCCCUCCUCACAUCAGUCCUGCGAAAAAAAGCAAUUGCUUUUGAACUUGUUCGACAUUGCAUUGUAUUCACUGGCGAGGAAGGGUUCCCCUCAGAUGUAUUUUUUUUAGAAGCCGCUCUGCAAGGCAGCUAUGUGAAGUACUCAAGCAACGUAAACUUUUCAGUCACAUCCAAUCAACCUGGAUUGGACAUCGACAACUUAACUCUGAUGUCGGCCUUUACACACUGGUCUUAUGUCAAAUCCAAUGGCAACAGCCUUAUAUGUGACCUUCAAGGUGCUGGUUCAAUCAUCACCGAUCCACAAAUACUGGACCGGGACAAUGGUCGUUGGGCAGAUGGUAAUAAUGCCUCGGAAGGCAUCAAACAUUUUGUUAAAAAUCAUCGAUGCAACAAUGUUUGUGAGGCCUUGAAUUUACAGCCUCCGGAUCAAUUUGUCCCGGUCUCCAGCAGUCAAACGGAAACGAGGAACUUUGGAACUGAAGUCCGGACUAACAUCAGGCCUGGACCCGCUUCCUUGGCAUCAGUCCCCAACAGACCCUUACCUCGCCGGGCAUCCUUAGCAAAUUUAUUACAUUCCGACAAUACUCGCCCAACAGGGGAUUUUUUCAACUCCCAGGCAAGGGAGCAGGAAGAUGAAGAUGAAGAUGCGCCUCUUCCUGAGUUGCAUACGUUCCUAUCGCAAAGGAGUCGCCCUAGAGCUGACAAUUACACCCACAAUACUUGCACCAGUUAG